AUGGAGACGCAGCCGCUGACCGCGACGUCCGCGGCCGCAACGUAUGGGACGUCGCCCGAGAAGACGCCCACGGAGCUCGGUGCACCGCGCUUGGUGGAGAAGCCUCCGCUGGCGCCGACGUUCCUCUCGCCGCGGGCGGACAUGCGGUCGCCACUCCUCCAACCGCAAGCGUACAAGUCCGACUAUGGCAGCCUGCCCAACAGCCCGACGUGGACGACGUCUGCUGGCAAGAAGAACUGGAACGACAAGCAUAUCGCCGACAGCCGGUCGUUCUGGGACUCGUGCUGCGGUGGCCUCCAGCGCCAGAGCCGUGACCGUUGGAGCCGGUUCUUGGACCAAAGCAACGUUGGGUCCAUGGUCGACAUCGUCGAGGCCGGCAUGGCGCUUGUGUUUGCGGCCAUCUACAUCACGUACACGUACCUUCCCAACGACGCGCAUCUUCCGUACUUGUGGCACAUGGAGCUCCUCUGUGCCGGCUUCUUCCUCGCCGACUUUUCGUUCCGUGGCAUGGCGCUCUCGACCGAGCCGCUCGACGACAUGAUCUCAUUUUCUGGCUUUGUCAACCUCGGCGCGAUCGUGCCUGUGAUCCCCGUCUCGUUCUUUAUCCAAGACUACAACUUUUGGACGACAGAAACGUACUGGCGGUUUGUCUACCCGCUACGGUUCCUCAAGGUCUACAUCGAAGUCCGGCGCGUCAUCAACCGCUUCCACAAUGACGUGACGCCCAUGACGCUCUUUGCCGUCAACGCGUACCUCCAGAUUCUCUGUCUUUUGUUUUGCGCCGGUGGCGUCAUCCAGAUUGCCGAGACGACGUACGGCGAUAUGGACACGUACAAUGGCGAGUGGACCUUCUUCAACGCGUGCUUCAACUCGCUCUUGCUCUUUGUCGCGAUGAACUACCCGACGGCCGACAACCCGCUCACCAAGUGCUUUGUCAUGUUUCUCAUCGUGCUCCUCAUCAUCGUCGUGCCGUACCAGCUCUCGAGUUUCUUUGAGAUCUACGGGUCUUACUCGUCGUACGAGUACGACGUUCUCAAGCCGUCCCGGCGCAUGAAGCACAUUGUGCUCUGUGGCGACUUGACGCCGAACCGCAUCGAGCAGUUCUUCAACGAGAUCUUCCAUGAAGACCACGACCUUCUUGACACGCGCGUGGCCGUGCUCUCAGACGACGAGCCGUCGUCCGACCUCGUCGCACUGCUCCUCGACCCGUUCAUUGCCAAGCGGACGACAUUCCUGAAAGGCUCGAUUCUGCACGACUACGACGCCGAGCGCGCGGCGUGUUCGUCGGCCAGUGCGAUCUUUGUGCUCACGCGCAAGGUGGGGCAGGAAGACGUCAACUUGUCGGACCACCGGACGUUCAUGCGCGCGAUGGCGGCCCAUCGCGUCGCCAAGCACGUGCCCAUUUACGCGCAGUUGCAUCUCUCGAGCAACAAGCAUCUUUUCCAAGACAUCAAGAGCAACAAUGUGCUCUGUUUCAGCGAAGUCAUCCACUCGAUUUUGGCGCAAAACUGUCUCUGCCCCGGCUUUUCGACGUUCAUUUACAACCUCACGACAACCGCUGGGUGCGAGACCGACCUCGACGAUACGUGGGAGUCGCGCUACUUGCACGGUGCGAGUCACGAGCUCUACUCGGUGACGCUGCCGCCAGCCGAGACAAUCGCGGGUCUCACGUUUGCCGAAGUAUCGUCGUGGAUCUACUCGCAGUGCGACGGCGUGAUCCUCUUUGCGAUCCACAUCGUGCCUGGGAACCCUGUGCAGGGCCAUGGCACCAUCGUGCUCAAUCCCGGCAGCACGUACCUCUGCGUCGGCGGUGAAGUCGGGUUUGUGAUUGCACGGGACCGCAAGGCGGCCGACGCCGUGAGCCGGCUCAGCACCAAGAGCAGCACCAAGCCGGUCGUGCCACCGAGCCACAGCAUGUUGAAAGCGGACAGCAUCAAGGACCUCACGUCGCUGCCUCCGGCGGCCAGCGAUGCACCGGUGAAGCGCAAGGGCGGUUUUGUCAAGAAGAAGCGCAACUCGCGCACGCUUGUGUGGGCGAUCACCGAUCAAAAGAGCACGGGCCACGUGAAGCGGAAUCUCAAGGACGCGGUUGUCAACGACGUGACGAAACUCAAGCUGGCGAUCGCGCCGAUCGUCGUGUGCCUCCUCGCGCCGACGUUUCCCGACCACAUGGAGUACUUCGUCGUGCCGUUGCGGUCGCCGAUCAUGAAGGAGCACCACCCGAUCGUGUUUUUGACGCAGAAACUGCCGUCGCGCGAGUCGUACGACCCAAUCAGCGUCUACUCGGACGUGUACUUUGUCGAGACGACCAAGAUCUGCCUCGAGUCGCUCAAGCGCGCCGGCGUCGAGAUCGCCAAGCGGAUUGUGCUCAUGUGCGGCGGCGGCGAGUUUGCCGAAACGAGCAGCGCCGAGCUCCUCGCCGAUGCGACGUCGAUCGCGACGCACAAGAGCAUUACGAGCUUGCUCGGGCCCGAGCGCGCGCCAGCCGUCAUCACCGAGCUCGUCAACCGAGCAAACGUGCAUUUUAUCUCGCACAACAUUGCGUCCUCGAGCUGGUUUCCCGACGAGACGAAAGACCCGGACGCAGAGCUUUCGCUUGUCGACGUCGGCAGCUUCUCGCGGUCGCGGGCCUUUGCGUCGGGCUUGACGUACAGCACGUCGCUCUGCGACAGCCUCAUGAUCAACCAGUUUUUCAACCCGAUGAUCAAGAACAUUGUGCGCGAAUUUGUCUUCUCGGCACUGCGGGCGCACACGGCAGUCUUUCCAAAUGUGAGCUCGCCCGUCAAGCCGGGUGCGCCGACGCCGCACGCGAUCCAGCGCUCGUCGCUGUUCACGUGUGAAAUGCCCACGGACUUUGUCGGCAAAUCGUUUGGCUACGUCUUCGACUACCUCCUCGCGUCCGACUCGAUCCUCACGCUUGGCAUUUACCGCUGCCUCCCGGUCGCUGAGACGCCCGAGCCAACAGUGAUGGAUGCAAACGACCUUUGCGGCAGCAGCAACGUGGGCUUUGGCAGCCCGCCGCUCACACCAAACGAAGCCACGUCGCUGCCCGGCAUCCCCGAAGUUCUGUCGCCGCCGGUCCGCAUUUUGUCGCGCCGUCGAGGCUCGAGUCGCAUUGAGAUCCCAGAGCCCGUACGCCCCGUGCCGUACGGCUUCGCAUACGUGAACCCCAAGUCGCAUGACAUUAUGACGGGCAACGACUUGAUUUACGUCUUGGCGCACAAGCAGCCGUACUGGGUGUCCUAGUUAAACCUAC